GAUGUAGCAGAAGCAUAUCUCGUCGAGGCAAGAUGGUUCCACAGUCAGUAUAAAACAACACUAGAAGAAUAUAUGGCAAAUGCAUAUGUAUCAAUUACAGGCCCCGCAAUGUCAACUUUGGUAUACUUGUCUGCUACAAGCCCAAUAGUGGAAAAGGAAGUAGAUUUCAUAGAGAGCCAUCCACCUUUGGUGAAAUUGGCAUCCAAGGUUUUACGACUUCAAGAUGAUUUGGGAACUGCAACGGAUGAGUUAAAGAGAGGGGAUGUUCUUAAAGCAGUCCAGUGUUACAUGAAUGAAACUGGGUGCUCCGAGGAAGCUGGACGAGAACAUAUUCAACAGCUGACGAGGCAAUGGUGGAAGAAGUUAAAUUUGCUCAGAACUUCUAAAAAUUCUCCUAUACCCAAAAAUAUUACAGAAAUGAUAUUAAAUCUGGCGAGAUCGUCUCAUUUAGUGUAUCUACAUGGAGAAGAUGGACAUGGUGUUGAGGGCCAAGUGAUUAUGAAUGUCAUGACAUCAAUGCUUCUUCAGCCCAUUCCUUAGUUUGUAAGGCCAAAACAUUUAUAUUGUUUC